AUGGAUUCGCACUAUCCAUUACCAGAUGCCUAUCAACAUCAACACAAACGAGGGAAAUCAUCUGUACUAAAGACAUUCAUCCACAAGCGAACCCCUUCAGCAGGAGCCGCACUAUCCUCGACCUCACCGACUGAUGUCUUCGUUGCAUCUCCAGCAUACAACAAUCACCCAGAUAUGCCGUUCCUCCCUCAAGACCACCCGCAUCAUAGGGUUUUGGGAGAGCUUCAGCAGAAUCAGCAAAGUCAACCUCCACCACCUCCCAGGAAGUCCAAGGAGGGGAAGCAAGCGAACAGAGCUCAAGAUGGAUCAUUCAAGUCACUGCACAAGAAGACAUUGAGCUCGAUAUCUUUAAAGUCGCUGGCGGGGAAAGAUACGGAUAAACAAUCCAAGUCGAAAGAUUGUAAACCUAUGAAACCCAAGAAGACGAAAUCCGCAACCAAUCUUGCUAGUCUGCUAUCACGUCCGAAGUCCUCAAAGAGCUUACGAAAGCGAUCAGAGGAGGACGAGGCUCGUGCUAUCAAAGACAAGGAGAACCGGAGCCCAAUAAUACCACCACCUGCCGAACUUUCCCGGCCACCAAUUUAUGCCCAGUUCUCCAGCGAGCGUUUCGCGAAACAGCCGUCGGGCGGGAAAUUCUUGGAAGAUGAGAUAGAUCUGUAUACGCCACAACAAUAUUCUCCUGGCAAACAGCGAAAUUUUUAUGCCGGCCCCGGGUCACAACCUUCGCUUGCUCGACGAGAUGAUGGCUCCCAACGACCCAAAAGCACAUAUCUUCCUAGCAGUUUCAGUAUUCAAGAUAUUAGCAGACGAGUUAGUGGAGGUAGUUCAAGGCGGAGUGAAGAAAUUAGUCGAAAGAUCUCUGGAGAACAACGACCGAGCUUUGAAAGAAAUAAGCCGGCGCAGGCUAAACCCGAAAAGCCCGCGAACAGAGGCCAACGCGUGCUGUCGGUAUUCGGUGCUUCCAGACCAAAGGUGCCAGAAGCAGAGGUAGAACCAAUCCUCGAGGACAAAAAUGUCGACCGGGAGUUCGAAGCCAUGUUGGAUAGGCGCAAUAUUCCUGAGCACCAGCGUGGCAAGAUGAGGAGCCUUGCAAUGUCUAUGAAAAAGGAUUUUGUCAAGCAGGAUUGGGCCGAGAUAGCCGCUGCAAAGAAUAGCAGACCAGGAACCAACAGUAGCGAUUCAAGUGCUGACGCUGCCACUGGUACCCGCGAUGCUGAGAGCAAGCCGAAGAGACCUAGGAGCCGUACGUUUACACUAUCGAGAUCUAGCAGCAAGGACCCCCCAUCUCCAACGAAGAAGUCAAGGUCAGAUACCAUUAUGAGUCGACAUACUCGAACGAAAUCUUCGGAGAGCAUUAGUGGAGGAAGCAAGUCACUAGCCAUAACUGGAGCGGCGGUUGCACAAACAUUGAUUGCAAAGGCCAAGGGCCAGAUGCCAGAUGAUUUCGUUUCUUAUCUUAGGAAGGUCCAGAAGCCAGAAUUGGUAGAAGUUGGUCGUUUACAUAAGCUCAGACUGCUCCUCCGUAAUGAAACCGUUGCCUGGACAGAUGAAUUCAUUAGCCAAGGUGGAAUGGAAGAGAUUGUCGGGUUGCUGCACAGAACCAUGGAGGUCGAGUGGAGGGAGGAACAUGAAGAUGCCUUACUCCACGAGGCACUUCUUUGCGUCAAGGCUCUUGCGACCACAGCUUUGGCACUCCAACAUCUAGAGAAUAUCCAGACUACCCUCUUCCCGGCCCUUCUACAUCUGCUCUUCGAUGAAGAGAAGAAAGGGCCCAGCGAAUUCACCACCCGGAACAUCAUCACUUCUCUGCUAGUUACCUAUCUCAAAUCAGCACCACCGUCGGAACGAACUCAUAGAUCAAAGACGCUCUUAAGUUAUCUCCGUGACCAAGAACCCAGCGAAUCCCAAAGACCUGUUGGUUUCGUCCUCGAGAUGCGACGUGAACGCCCGUAUCGAGUAUGGUGCAAAGAAGUAACAAAUGUCACUAAGGAAGUCUUCUGGAUCUUCCUCCACAACCUAAAUGUCGUCCCACUACCCAAAACCAGCGAUAAUGACCAAAAUGAUGCCACUUCCUCAUUCAAUGCAAAUAAUAACUUCGACACCUCCAACCCCGAUCGCGCAUACAUGUCUAAGCAUUUCCCACAAGAACUACCACCCGUCCCAGCAGCUCCCUACGUUGGCGGCGUCGAAUGGGAUGCAACCAACUACUUAGCCUCCCACCUUGAACUCGUCAACGGGAUUAUCGCGUGCCUCCCCACACAAGCAGAGCGCAACAUGCUUCGCGAGCAAAUGCGAAUUUCUGGCUGGGAGAAAUGUAUGGGUUGUACUCUCCGCCUCUGUAAGGAGAAGUUCUACGGUUGUGUCCAUGCUGGCCUAAGGUGUUGGGUUUCCGCUGCUGCAGAGGAUGGUUGGGAUACUAAAGACGUCAGAUGUGGCCCUAGUGUGCAGACUCAAAAGAGUCCGACUAGAAAGAGUCCGAAGAAGCCGGUUGCUGAGUUUGAGCCGCCAAAGAUUGACAUGAAAUUAAGUUUUGGGGGAGGGGAGAAUAAUAAUAGGGAUGGUGCCGUUGGUGUGGCCAGUGGGUGGUUGUAG